GGAGACAGCUCCAGGGCACUGCCUGUGCAAGGCAGGAACUGGGACACUGUGCCGAGGUCCCUACGCCCCUCUGCCACCAUGGUGGGUCUGAAGCCCCCCGAGGUGCCCCCGACGGCCGCCAUGAAGUUCGUCAGCGCAGGGCUGGCCGGCUGCAUCGCUGACCUGUGCACCUUUCCCCUGGACACUGCCAAAGUGCGGCUGCAGAUCCAGGGCGAGGUGAGGAUCCCCCGGACCACCAGCUCUGUGGAGUACCGGGGUGUUUUGGGGACGCUGAGCACCAUGGUGAGGACGGAGGGAGCCCGCAGCCUCUACAGUGGGCUGGCAGCCGGGCUGCAGCGCCAGAUGAGCUUCGCCUCCAUCCGCAUCGGGCUGUACGACUCCGUGAAGCAGCUCUACAGCCCCAAGGGUGCUGAGAGCCAGCGGAGCCCUGUCAGACGGCGCCCGCCGGUACAGCGGCACCGUGGAUGCCUAUCGCACCAUCGCCAGGGAGGAGGGGAUCCGCGGGCUCUGGAGAGGGACGCUGCCCAACAUCGCCCGCAACGCCAUCAUCAACUGCGGGGAGCUCGUCACCUACGAUCUCCUCAAGGACGCGCUGCUGCGGACACAGCUCAUGACAGACAACGUCCCGUGCCACUUCGUGGCCGCCUUUGGCGCCGGGUUCUGCGCCACCGUGGUGGCGUCGCCGGUGGACGUGGUGAAGACGCGGUACAUGAACGCCAGCCCCGGGCGGUACCGCAAUGCCCUGAGCUGCCUCCUGGCCCUGCUCAUGCAGGACGGCCCCGCCGGCCUCUACAAGGGCUUCGUCCCGUCCUUCCUGCGGCUGGGCUCCUGGAACGUGGUGAUGUUUGUGUCGUACGAGCAGCUGCAGCGGGCCAUGGUGCUGGCGCGGCCGGCCCUGGCCUGAGCCCCUCGGCUCCUCUCGCCGGCUCGUCGAGGCUCAGCAUCAAUUAUAUUAAUUGCCAAAGCGCCAGGGAGCAGCGACGCCACACGCUCGGGGUGGGGAGCGGAGAGACAGGAGGAGGCACGAUGGUGUUUGAGAAGGAGCAGGGGAGAACGGAGGUUUUUAGAGAAGAGUUUUAAGGGACGAAGGAAAAAAAUGUUUGUUUGCUUUCCAGCUGGGAAGAGCGGCACUUCCCAGGGGCAGUGGUGUGGGCAGGCGGGACCAAGCUGAGGGCCAGGGAAUUCCUAUUAUUCCUUACUGGCGCUUCCAAUAAACCACCCCUAUGGGGUCUGAUCACA